ACUAUUGUGUAUUGACGAUCUUAUUGUUCAUAUAUUUACUCAAUGCGUUGUCAUAACUGUGGAUCUGGAAGGGUUGAAACUGAUCCUUCAACCGGAACAACUUUUUGUAUUGCUUGUGGUGGGGUUCUUGAAGAAAACAAUAUUGUAGCCGAAGUGACUUUUUCUGAAUCAGCUGGUGGUAAAACUGUAUUACAAGGUGCAUUCGCUGGUGAAUCAGGUCGUAUAUCAAGUGGUGGUCCUUUUGGACAUGGUAGAGGAAAAGAAGGUCAAGAACAAGCUAUUGAUAAUGGUCGUCAACGAAUUGGAAGACUUGCUCAUGGUCUCCGACUUCCUGAACGUUUCCGUGAAGCUGCACAACGAUACUACAAUUUAGCAGUUGUCAAUCGAUUUACUCGCGGUAGAAGAAGUGAUCAUGUUGCUGCUGUCUGCCUCUAUAUUGUUUGCAGAAAUGAACAAAGUUCACAAAUGUUGAUUGAUUUCUCAGAUCUUCUUCAGACCAAUGUAUUCGUUCUAGGUUCCACAUUCUUGAAACUAGUUCGUACACUCAACUUGAAAUUGCCAUUGAUUGAUCCAUCCAUUUAUAUCUCUCGAUUUGCAGCUGCUUGCGAUUUUGGUGAUUAUACUCAUCGUGUUGCUCAAGAUGCUGUUCGCUUGACUCAACGUAUGGAUCGUGAUUGGAUUAGAACAGGUCGUCGACCAGCUGGUAUUUGUGGUGCUUGUUUACUUAUUGCUGCUCGUCUCAAUGGAUUCAAGAGAUCUAUCAAAGAAAUGAUUUUUGUGGUCAAAGUUGCUGAACAAACUAUUCAAAAACGUUUGAAGGAAUUUGGUGACACUGAAUCAGCUACAUUAUCGGUACGAGAUUUCCGUGAUAUCUGGAUCGAAACUGAAGCCGAUCCUCCAGCAUUCACCAAAAAUCGAAAAAAUCAAAAACAAGAAACAGAAAACGAAGAAAACAAUUCAGAUACACAAACAACUCACAACAAAGACCUUACAGAUACGUCAUCAACAUUAGUAACGGUAACUAAAAUAUCACCAUCAUCACCUGAACACAACGAAUUAUCAACAACAGUUUCGGUCAGAAAAGCUAGUAUCACCAUUAAGACAGAACAUGAACAACCUGAAAAUGAUAAUGACGAAAACAAUGAUCUCGAAGGCGCCACUCUUGUUGAAUCGCAAAACUUGGAAUUAUCUCAACAGCCUGAUACAGAACCAUCAAAUACUGAUAAUGAAGCUACACAAGUGAAUGAACUAACACAAGACAUGGUGAAUCCAGAACUAGAUGAACAAUCCAAAUUACUACAAUCAGAAAUGGAAGAAUUCAUGGACAAAGCUGUGAAAGCAUCUGAAACAUUGGGGGAUAAGAAUGUAUCGGAAGACGAAGAUGAAGAAGAAACAAGUCUGUCUGAUGUCGAUGAUGAAGAAAUUGAAGCCGUGUUAUUAAAUCCGGAGGAAGUGGAAUUGAAAACGACAAUCUGGUACAAUGCAAAUAAGGAAUACUUGGCUGAAAUGGAAGCAAAAGCAAGAAAAAUUGAAAUGGAUAAAAAGAAUGGCGUUUAUACAAGAAAAGCUAAAGGAAAGCGAAAAAGGUUACCUACAGCAGCUACACCAGCCGAAGCCGCCAAACAACUUCUCAAUACCCGCAAGAUAUCCCGAAAAAUCAAUCAAGCUGUAUUUGAUGAUAUGUUUGAAUCUCCAGAAACAAUUGCCAGGAUUAAAGCAAUGGACCAAAGGAAACAAUCCCUAACGAAUGGAACGAUGGAUCAAGAAAGAGAAGUGGUUGAGGAAUCUGGUGAAGCUCCUGUACCAAAGAAGAAGAAGAAAUUGGAUGAAAAUGGUAACCCAGUCGAUCUUGGACCUGAAGAAGAAGAAGAAGAACAUGAACAUGAAGAUGAAGAAGAUGACGAAGACAUGGAUCUGGAUGAUAUGGCUGAAGAUGAAGUAUUAAUGCGACGUGCUCGUGAACAAAUGGGAUAUCAAAUUGGUAUGGAAGUCAGCAAUGAAGAUUAUUACGAUUACGAUGAACAUGAUUAUUAGGAUUCGUCUACAAUAGUUUAUCCAUCUAGUGUAAUCAUAUACAGUUAAUUAGAUCCCAUCUUUUCCUUUUUUUUUUUUUUUCUUUAAUGCCUUUAAACCAUAUUCCACCUUUGUACAUUAGCUCUUUCCCCUCUAUUAUUUUUUUUUCUUUCUGUAUUGUGAAUAAAAUU